AUGAUGAGCAGGGUGGGUUCUUCUAUUUAUUUUUUAUUUGUUUUAUUAGAAUAGCUAGAAAUUGGGCGAGUUUCUUCAAAUUUUAUUUUUUGUGUCAUGUGCAAUAUAAAUUUUCUCCAAAAUGUGUCUUCAAAGCAUGGGAUUUUUUGUUUUAUUGAUUUCAGACUUUUCGCUUCCCUCGAGGGCUUAAUCUUCCCAAAAACACUUUGAAAUCCAUGGAAAAUUCCACGUUUCCCGCGAUCCUCAUGUUUAAUAUAAAAUGUUUUUGUUUCAGCGCAGAAUGAGUGCCAACGAGAGCUUAGAAUCCGCACACCCUUCAGACAGCUUUAACGUCAGCUACUCCAGCAGUUCGUCAAACAUGAUGGAGACGAUUUCCAGCCAGAACAGUCGAGUAACUGCAGUAACCUCUAAAUUACAAUGGAAAAUUGAUCAGGUGUGUGUUUUGGAUAUUUCUUUAUUUGUUUUUAGGUCGUAGAUGUCUUUGGAAAUGUGUUGAAAGGCUUUUGGAUGUUUUUAAAGCUUGUUUAUGGGUUUUAAGAUGAAAGAUUUAGCGUUUUCUCAGCUGCUGGAUGUACAAGACAGUUUAGGUAUUUUAAAUAGGAAUUUUGCCCUAAAUGAUCUCUAAAUUGGUAUUCUGAGCUGCUCCAUAAAUUAUUCUUGCGAAAAAAGUUAAAAGUUUUACGAUAGGGCUAUCGUUUUGUCAGAAAUUAGCAAAUCCAUUUCACCUCCCAUGUACAAUAUAACAAUAUAAUUCAUGUCAAAGAUUUAUGUUUUCAGUUUGAGCGACUGACUCGUCUGUACAGAAAUAACAAGUCUAUGGUCAGCGAGACGUUUUCUUCACCUUUGGCGUCAAAUGUUGUUUGGGAGCUACACAUUUAUCCGAAUGGGAAACGAGAGGAAGAUGUUGGAUUCGUUUCGUUCUUUCUUCGACAAGUUGGGUUAGCGGUGAGUCUGUGGGAUGUUCGUAAAGUUUUGAAAUGAUUUUUGUUUGAUUCUGGGGUCAUGUUCGCAUCUUUUGGCGAGCUUUUUGGAUCUUCUCUAGUAUAAUAUAAUUUCACACCAAAAUAAGGUAAAAUUGUUGUUUACAGGACGGAGAAGCCCUCACCGCCGACUUCCAAAUCUACGUGGUCGAUCACACCGACAGGCCGUCGAAUGUUUGCCGAGAUUGUAAAGAUUUUACCCAUCAACAAGGUCGAGGGAAAUUUCAAGUGGAAAGGGAUCGUUUAUUGCAAUGUCUAAAGCUGGAUGGGAGUUUGUAUGUGUGUUGUGAAGUGGAGUACCUUCCAAUGGGCAUCUGCAAGUCGGAUGAGGAACGACCGCCGUGGGAAUUCACGGACAAAACCAGUGCAAGGUUAAAGGAGACGUUGAGGCGAAUGUAUGAUGAAAGUAUACUAACUGAUCUCGAAAUUCAGGUAAGUAGAGGUGUAGUUGUGGUCUGAAGAGAUUUUAGAGACUAUUUUGAGGGUUUUUGGAUAUUACACUUGUCGAAAUUUGGCUGAAAAUUUAAUUUUUUGCUGGUUUAUUAAUUAAAUUCUUCAUUUUCAGGUGGGAAGUAAGUCCUUCCAAGCACACAAAGCAGUCCUAGCCCAAGCCAGCUCCGUUUUUCGAUCAAUGUUCUCAAUAAACAUGAAAGAAUCCACUGAAGGCAUAUUAACCAUCCCAGAUUCGACUCCAGCUGCUAUCGCAACGAUGCUCGACUAUCUGUACUGUGGCGUCGUUGAUCAAGGAGCAUUCGAGAAGCACACGGUAGACAUUUUGGUCCUGUCACAGAAGUAUGAUGUCCCUGGGUUGAAGGAAGAGGCCGAAAAAAUUUUAUCAACCAGGAUUACGGCGAAGAAUUUCACGGAAUACCUGGAUUUGGCCGAUGUCCACGAAUGUUCGAGGCUUAUUGCGGUAGGUGGAGGGGCUUUGGAGGUAAUUCAACGGGUUUUUGAAGGUUUUGGAUAUUAUUUUAGACAAAAGUUUUAAUUUUUUUUGAUUUUUCGGUUAUUUUUUGAGGUACUUUAGCUGAAAUUGGUUGUUAUAGCGUGUAAAUGACCUCUGUUUUUUUCAGGAGUGCCGUCACUUCUUGAUCACAAAUUACGAAGAGAUUGUUGCAUCUUCGGACUGGAUGGCACUGAAGAAAACCAACCCCGAGUUGAUCAACAAGGUCCUGGAAAAAGUUGUGGAGGACCGAAUUGUCUACCCAUCAAGAGCUCUGAAUUGUAAGUUGAUUUGAUAUGAUUUUUUUUUAGUGUUUUAGGAGACUUUGGAUAUUAUAGUAGGCAUGGAUGUGAAAAAAGCGAUUUUUCAUGGGGUUUUUAUAGAAGUGUGUGGAUAUUAAGAUGGAAUAGGAAGUAGAAUACUUAUUUCGGAUUGCAAUGAACUUUUAUUUUCAGCCUUCCGAUCCCUGGAUUAUUCGGAUUCCACCAGGGAUCACCUUGGUCCCCCCUUACCAAAACGCCCACGUCGUCGAUGCGUGCAGUGA